UCCAACCAACUGAUGACAAAUUUUUGAGAAGCGUGAGGUGGAAAUAAAACAGUGUCUAAGAAUGCUGUGGACCGUACUUUUUUCAAUAUUUAUUACUUCUUGUAAUGGUGUCAUCGAGAGACCUCGAGGAGUCCCACCAUCAAAAGCGUCUUCAUACCAGCCAAAUGCUGAACAAAGUUUUACCUGUUUGUCGACACCUGAUGGGUCUGUUGUAUCGAUACCUUUUAUAUACGUGAAUGAUGAUUACUGCGACUGUGAGGAUGGAUCUGAUGAACCAGGUACAGCAGCAUGUGAAAACAGCAGGUUUUACUGUGAAAACAAAGGUUACAAAGGAGAAUACAUAUUGUCCUCGAGAGUCAAUGAUGGAAUUUGUGACUGCUGUGAUGGAUCAGAUGAAUACAGUGGUGACAAAAUUCAGUGUGGAAACAUGUGCAUUCAACUUGGUCUAAAGCAACGAGAAGAACUGUUAGCCAGUAAGAAGUUAAGGGAAGCAGGUUACAAAGUGAAGCAAGAAUAUAUGCAGAAAGGAAAGAUUGCUCGAGAUGAAAAACAGUCUCGACUAAAGCAGGUGGAACAAGAACAAGAGGAGAUGAUUAACGAGAGAACAGAACUGGAAGCUAAGAAGAAAGAAGUGGAAGAGCCUGAAAAGGUUGCCAAAGAUGUACAUGAAGCAGCUUGGAAUGAGCAGAAGGCUCAGAAAGAAAAAGAAAAGGAACACUCUCAUGCUCUGCAAGUGUUCGAUGAACUUGAUGUGAAUGACGAUGAUCAUGUUGACGUUCAUGAGAUGAGAACGCAUGAAGAGUUUGAUGUUGACUCAGAUGGUACUGUUAGUCACGAUGAAGCGAAGGAAUACUUAGAGGACUUGGAGAAGGCCGGUAAAGAUGAGUUCUUGGAGAAAAUCUGGCCCAACAUCAAAGAAAUUUACAAAUCGGCGAAACAAGAAGCGGAAGAUAAAGGUGACAAGGAGGGAGAAAACCAGGAGGGUGACAGUGAAGAGCCAUCAACCACAGAAACAACGGUCUCACCGCCUCCAGAAACGGCUGGCCACCCAUCCCCACCAGGCACACCACCCCUAACCCCACCCGUUGAUUUUGAUGAUAUCGAGGAAGGUCACCACGAAGAGGAUGAUGAAAUCGAUGAUGAUGAUGAUGAUGAUGAUGAUCGUGUUGAUCAUUUCCCAGCUACGGAAGAGAAAAAAGAUGAAGAUGUAAUGCCAGAGUAUGACGAAGAGACAAAGAGAUUAAUUGAAGCUGCUGAUGCAGCAAGACAGAAGUAUGACGAUGUUGAUAAGAAAGUGAGAGAUAUUGAGAACGAGAUCUCAGGAUUAAAAAAAUAUUUAGAGACAGAUUUUGGUCCAGAGCAAGAAUUUGCUUUUCUUGAGAAUCAGUGUUUUGAAUACAGUGAUAGAGAAUACACGUAUAAACUGUGUCCGUUCAACAGAGCAUCACAGCGGCCCAAGGUUGGGGGCACUGAAACCAGUUUAGGAUUAUGGGGUCAUUGGGAGGGAUCUGGAGAUAACAAAUAUUCAGCACAAAAAUAUGAAAGAGGUCAAAACUGUUGGAAUGGACCCGAUAGAUCUGUCAAGAUAUUAUUUCAGUGUGGUUCAGAAAAUGCCAUACUGUCUGCAUCCGAGCCUAGUCGAUGUGAAUAUCAGUUUGAAUUUGCAACACCGGCUGUUUGUAAACCACUGUCUCUAGAUGAAGAAAAAUCAGAAUUACACGAUGAGCUUUAACAUUAACUGUUCAUUUCAAACAAUUUUUUUUUCACAUUGUAUCAUUGUUUGAUUAUAUCUGUUCAUUGUUUGCAUCAUUUUCAUUGCUGAAAACAUGACCUUUUAAACUUAUAUUUGAAGUGCUUUUUUUCAAGUAGGCCACUACUUACAUUUUCCGCCCUUGUGAUGUGCCAAUUUUAAUACAAAUAAUUUAUUAUAGAGCCUAAGCACAUCCAUAUUGACCAGAAAAAAGAAAGAAAAGAAAGUUUAUUGUAGAGGGAGUAUUGCUUUAAAAAAAAAAAAAUUAAAGUUCUUAUUGUCUUUUCAAAAAUAAUUAGCGACUUUAACCUAUUACACACUUCUCACUCACACCAAAUGCUCAAUGUCUACUCACCCUUAGAAAACACAAAUUCAAAAGUAUUUUACUGUUCAUAUUACUUUGAAAUGUACUCCAUAAAAUUGUUGCAAUUAAAAUGUCUUUUAUGUUUA